AUAAAUACAAGCCGCUUUCUAUUCUUGCAAACAUAAACGAAAAGCAAUUCUUUUUCCACAAUCCGGUUAGAAUCUCAACGCCCUCUCUCUCUCUCUCUCUCUGCGAAAAAAUCGCUCGCCCCCAUGGACUGCUUGCAAAUCGCCACUGUCGACGAGGACGGCGCCGUUCCGAGGCCGAACGCCGCGUCCAAGGUGUUGUGGGUUUCCCGGUCCCUGAGCGUGGCGUCGAGCUCGAGCCAGCGCAGGGCCAACGACCUGCGGGUGUUCACGUUCGGGGAGUUGGAAGCGGCCACGGGAGGGUUCAGCAGGGGCAUGAUGAUCGGGGAGGGAGAGUUUGGGUGCGUUUACAGAGGCGUUGUCAGGGUUUCCGAUUUUGAUGAUGGUAAUUGGUCGGGUUUGAAUAUGGAUGUCGCUGUUAAACAGCUCGAUCUCAACGGAUUCCAGGGGCAUAAGGAGUGGAUUAAUGAAGUGAACAUUUUGGGUGUAGUCAAGCACCCAAAUCUUGUCAAGUUAGUGGGGUAUUGUGCAGAAGAUGAUGAAACAGGGAUACGUCGUCUUUUGGUGUAUGAGUUUAUGCACAACAAAAGCUUGGAGGAUCAUUUAUUUAUUCGAGAAGUGUCUCCUUUGUCAUGGAUGGCAAGACUAAGAAUUGCUCAAGAUGCAGCCCGUGGUUUGGCUCACCUGCAUGAAGAGAUGGAUUUUCAGAUAAUAUUUCUAGAUCUUAAAACUUCAGACAUUCUCCUGGAUGAAAACUUCAAUGCAAAGCUCUCAGACUUUGGACAGGCUAGGCAGGGUCCAGCUGCUGGACUAAGUCAUAUUUCAACAUCAUCAGUUGUUCGUCCAACGCGUUAUGCAGCUCCUGAAUACAUUCAAACUGGCAGGUUGAGUGCUAGAAGUGACGUUUGGAGCUUCGGUGUGGUUCUCUACGAGCUAAUCACUGGAAGGAGAGCAGUAGAAAAAAACAUGCCUUGCAAUGAGCAGAAGCUCUUGGAUUGGGUGAGACCUUAUGUGUCAGAUUCAAGAAAAUUUCACCUUAUAGUAGACCCCAGACUAGGUGGUCAAUAUUGUAUCAAGUCAGCUAAAAAUCUUGCAGCUCUGGCAAACAAGUGCCUCGCAAAAAAUGCCAAAUCCCGGCCUAAAAUGAGUGAGGUGGUUGAGAUGCUAGGAAAGAUAAUUAGGGAGACAUCAUCAGAAAAUGAUUCCGCUCCCCAACAUGCCAAAGAAACACAAGGCAAAGAAACUAUAGGCAAGAAGGAAGAAACCAAGAAAUCUAUUUGGAAGUUCAAUUGGUGCAGAAUAUGGGACUAGUGUUGGAGUUUUUGGCUGUUCUGGUCCACGUUAGUAUUACUGGGGUAUGCUCCGUUGAGUUUGUAUUCUUUGAUUGGACUUUAGUGUAUUUGAUUACUUAUCAAAAAUAUAAAAUAAAAUGGUACGCAUUUCUUUCCCUGGCAAUGGCAGAUAAGAGCUGCUCUUUCAAUGGGUUGCAUCUAUUUGCCAAUGCUCUGAAAAUUGGAGGCAAAUUUUCUCCUCUCCAUUAUGCUGUCAAUCUUCAAUGUAGUUAACAGAAGGCAUACGGAUGUAAAUUCAUGUGGUAUCCAUGCUGUUUUCAUUUUAUACGAACUAGUAGAAUACAAGUGCUAUUUGUAGUAUGAUGUGGUGGAGAAGGUGUUCGCUAUUUUAGCCAGGAUUUUAAGAUGUAUUUUCGUCUUGCUGAUAUAAUCUCAUUUUCUGAGCUUGUAUA